AUGGCUGCUCUGAUCGCACACCCUGCUCCGCUUCUCGAAUCGUUCACUCAUAACACCAACAAAGAAGACCCAUCUCCAAAUUUUCCCGAUAACAUAUUCCAAGGAGGACAAGUCCCACGACUGAAGGAGCUAUGGCUCAUUGGAUGCAUUUUCAACUGGAUAUCUCCGCUUUUCCGGGACAGCCUUACCUCUCUGUCUCUCCGAUACUCGUUUCAGACAGAUUCGACCCCUCUUCUUGAUUGCAGGGUGCCUUUGCUUCAUUUACGAGAUCUCAAUUUGAAGGGCAAUGUGCUUGAUUGCCAUGAGUUUGUCCGCUACCUCAUCAUCUCUUCAAGUAGCACCAUCACCACAGAUCUGGACCAUGAUGAUGAGGACUCCGACUACACAUCGUCUUUCACCGCCAUGUGUGGUAUUACGAGAUUGCUCUGCUUGGAAACCAUCCCUGGAGCUAGAAGUUUGGAAACUGAAGCUGCCCCCAUUAUUGCCCUCCGUGUAAUGAACCCCGGUGGUGGUGGACUCGAGUUUGAGGCAGCGACCAAUAUUGAAGAAGGAUCAGGAGCAGAAUUGGAAUGGAAACACGUCGAAUAUUUCACGUCCCUCACCCUCUCGCGCUAUGAAUCUGACCUGUCCUCUUCGUUCUUGAUCAGAAUCAGCAACGAUCUUCCGCUCAGCUCUCUCAAGGGUCUAAACAUCCGGGGAGAAUUCUGGCUCAGCACCCUGCACAUUCUGCAGCUCAGCGGUUCAGUGAUUAUCGGUUUUAUUGAGGGUACCAAGACCACCAUACCCCCUCUCAGCGAGAUCGGGACGCUGCACACCACGACGCAAGUCGAGCAGAUCCUUCCAUUGCCCUUCAUGCCCCGCCUCACGUCUCUAUGA